UGAAUAAUAAGCACACGCUUACAGCUUCUCUUCUCUAAAAUUCCAGAUUAGAGAGACAGAAUUACUCAAAAUCAAGACGCAGGAGGCUCUCCAGAUCUUCGCAAAGUGAAAUAAAAAUGGCUGCGGGAUUCAGCGGCGAUGAAACUGCUCCUUUCUUCGGCUUCCUAGGCGCCGCUGCUGCUCUCGUUUUUUCUUGCAUGGGAGCUGCUUAUGGAACUGCGAAGAGCGGGGUUGGUGUAGCGUCAAUGGGAGUGAUGAGACCUGAGCUUGUGAUGAAAUCGAUUGUGCCGGUGGUUAUGGCUGGAGUUUUAGGUAUUUACGGUUUGAUCAUCGCUGUGAUCAUCAGUACCGGAAUUAACCCUAAGGCUAAAUCGUAUUAUCUCUUCGAUGGAUAUGCUCACCUCUCUUCUGGUCUCUCUUGUGGCCUCGCUGGUCUCUCUGCCGGUAUGGCUAUUGGCAUCGUUGGAGACGCCGGUGUUAGAGCUAACGCACAACAGCCAAAGCUUUUUGUUGGAAUGAUCCUCAUUCUCAUCUUUGCUGAAGCUUUGGCGCUCUAUGGUCUCAUUGUUGGCAUUAUCCUUUCUUCAAGAGCUGGUCAAUCAAGAGCCGAGUAAAAGCUGUCUGUAUGCUUAAUGUUCGUGUGAUGCACUUAUUAUACGCUAAAACGGGAAGUGUUUGCCGUUUGAAGAAUCUUGUCUCCACCAUCCAUUGUGGUUUUCUGCCGAUUUGGUUUAAUGCUGCUAUUGAUGCAGUAAAACAUCUAAGGCGUUGUAUAAGAUUGGAGUCUCUCUUAUUUCUUUAUUGGAUGAUCUAAGUUAUGGGUCGAUUUUAGUUUUUGGUAGGAAAUGGCCCAUUUUUAUCCUUUUGGUCCAGUUGCGAAAUAAAAUUUGUGUACAAUAUUGUUUUUACAUAUUUUACGCAGUUCAUGGCUGCUAAUAAUAGCUUGCUGCACUAUGGCAAGGAAGUUAUUGAA